GAAGAUAAACACGUCAUAAUUUACAGAAAUUGAUAGCAGCAGCCUUAAGACUUGCGGGGUAUAUUCACGGAUAACUUGGGGUGUCACGUGUGAAUUUUUUUUUUUCGGGACGCGUAAGACACCACUCCUAGGAAGGCCUUACAGGGUGGAGCCAGUUGUGCGAUUGACCGUAUUUAUUGAACGCAACAGUGAAAGCUGGAGGAUAGUCUCUUCUUUUACCGUAGGGCUGCUAGAAUUUGGAUUGUGGGUUCACGUUAAUUAUUGAUCAGCGGAUAAACAUCCAGUAACGUAGCAGAUCGAGACUAUGAGCAGAAUACAACAAGCACUCUUUACUCUCUUAGUGCUGUGGUGCAGUUCAGGUUUUGCACUGAAGUGCUACAAAUGUCAAAACAAACAGAACUGUGCAGUCAAUGAAACACAAAUGUGCUCUGAUGGUGAAAAUGCUUGUCUCACGGUUACUCCAACUGGUGCACUUCCAACAAGGAAGUGUUACCCUUACGGCCAAUGCAACCUGGACAGUCUUAAGCCAACCUAUGGAUCAAACCUUCAUUUCAUGUGUUGUCAAACGGACUUGUGCAAUAGUAGUGUCACCUUUGAGAAGAAUAAAGUUGUUCUUGGUGUGGUUGCAUUGUUCACUUUCUUUAUUAAUUUGGUCAAUGUCUGAACUACAUUCAUGUAGCUGUGCUUAAGGGUGGCUAAAAAAUAAUCUCUAAACAGCUUAUUAAAUAUAUUGCACAUCCCCUUAUUCAAUAUUUUAUUUUACGUUUGGUGCAUAUCUGUUCUGACAAAUCGUUUCUAAGAAUACUAAAGAUAAAUAUGUAUAAUAUUGGCGUGGGCAACGCUUUUAUCCUGUGCAGGUAUUUUUGCUAAAAUGCAUUGAUAAUUUGUUUGCAAUUCUGGAAAACAAUGCAUGUUUAUGAAAUGUUUUCAUAAUGUUACCGUUCAUUGCCAUCAUGUGUUAUUGUACUUAAACUUUCAUUAUGCCCUGCAGGAACCUUAAGAGUAACCCAUUUAACAUGCUUGUAAUUAAUGUAGGUUGUUUGGUGUUAUUAAAGUCAGCAGUCUCAUCUUUUUGCAUUUAGUUGUUAUAAAGAAAAGCAACUUGUAAAGUUUAAAGUCACUAUUGAACAGAUUCAGUAGUACAAUUGAAUGCAUAUUGUAAGUUGUCUAAGCAAAAGUUGCAACGAUUAUAUACAUGCUUUAAGGAAAAAUUGUGAGCUGCACAAAAAAUAUCAGUUUAAAUAAAUGUAUUUCUGAUUUGUA